AUGCACAAAUGCCAUUCCAUUGAAAGAGGAUCGAAUCGGGGUGAAGGGGCCAUUGGAUGUAAUGAAACUUCAAGACAUUCAUCAGAACAUCGAGCUUCUAAGAAAGUUGAAUUAUUGACAGCUAAUCCGCUGUUGUCCAAGCUUGUUAGCACCUAUUCUCAAGCCAAUUUUCAGAAACGAAAUUUGCUUCCAUUCUAUGGUAUAUCUAGUUCAGAUGAAAAUGAAUCUGAUGAUAAUGAUGACGAUUUACAAUUAAAGAAGAGGCAACUAAAAACUUGCACAGCAUCAGAAACUGAAAGUUCAAGCAAAAAGCAUUUAGCAGAUGUCAAACAAAAUUCCAGAUCGGCUAAACUGCAACGAUUACGCAAACAGUUACAUGCAGAACUUCUGGGUGUAAGAAAAACAAUCAUUUCUCACAACAAAGAUGUAAAGCAGUCUGAUGAAGCCCUUCGUUUACUAAUGACAGCAGUUAAAACCAACCCAGCUCUAACAACGUCAGCAAUUCACAAUGAAAACAAUUAUGUGAUGAGUAUCAUGGAAUACAUUCAAACUUCGCGGGGAAAUCGCAAACUGCUUUUCGAAGGUUAUGUCUAUGUUUUGGAUAAGAAAAAAGAAGAAUCGGCUUACUGGAGGUGCGAGAGACGUAAAGAUUCUUUGGAUGGAUUGAGCAUGCUCAGAAUUGAUGUCUUGAAUUUCUGGUCAUGCUCCAGUGCACGGCAGGCCACGGUGGUCACAUGGGUGGAACAAUGUUUGGUUUAUUUUAUUAUUACAUGAUGUAUCACAGAA